GUAAUACCCUAUACACAGCCCGCACGGAGACGGAGAAGUACAUGUAGGCUGUAUUCGUCCAGCUUCCUUGACUUAUAAGAGGCAUAUGUGUACUCAUUAUACCUGUAGGUGAGCUGACUCUCUUCACGUUCAACAUGGAUGCACCUCCCGUGUACACACCAUUGCAACAACCACCUCAAAGUGCCGCCUACCCACCUCCGGGGUCAUAUCCCCAAGGUCAACCAGGAUACCCACAAGGUCAACCGGGAUACCCACAAGGUCAACCGGGAUACCCGCAAGGUCAACCGGGAUACACACAAGGUCAACCGGGAUACCCACAAGGUCAAGUGGCAUAUCCACAAGGUCAAGUGGCAUACCCACAAGGCCAAGCAGUAGCGUAUCCGCAAGGUCAACCGGUAGCAUACCCUCAAGGUCAACCAGGGGUAGUAUAUUCACCCGGUCAGCAAGUCGUGAUUACUCAAGGGGUGCCCGCAACGCACGUUUAUCAUACUGGUAGCCAGGGGUGUUGCGCGGACACUGCCGAACACUUCAACGGGAAAGCCGGACUGGUCACCGGAGUGAUUCAUCUAAUCGCGGCUGUCUUAUCUAUCAUACUCGGUGGGGUUGCAUACACUUUUCCUGUGAUCCAAAUCGGAUAUGGAAUCUGGUCUGCUAUCCUCUUCAUAAUCCCCACCGGACUUCUUGGAGUUGUGAGCAGGAACAAGCAGUCAUGUGUUAUCAUCGCAUACAUGGUCAUGUCCAUUCUGUGUUGUUGGACAGCACUUGGGAUGCUUGUUUACGAGAUCGUCUUGUCGGCUGUUCUGUCGUAUUACCAGCAUUGCUACUUUAGUUUCACCGGUUUCGACUCCUCCUACAUUUGCAAAAAUGAAAAUUCAGUGGGUUCCGUUAUUGUCCAUGCCUUCCUAGCUUUCUUGGCUCUGAUCGAGGUGAUUAAUUCCAUUGUGAGUGCUGCCUUCUGCUGUGGGGGGCAUCCCUGCUGCUGUGGCAAGCCUUCUGCCCCCACUACUACCACGGUCCAGUACAGCCAGACUGCAGCACAGCCAAUGACGGUGACGGCUCAAAAAUACGCUCCAGGUCCUGGCGCAGAUGGACAGUAGACACCGUUAAUAUGACGCCAGAGGUUUGUUUCAUAAAGCUGUCUGUAAGUUAAGAGCGACUUUAAGAACGACUGGUGAUCCUUUCUUGUGGUAAAUGGUA